GGAAUGAGGCGGAGCGACCCUCUAUGGUCCCGGACCCACCCGAAAGCGUUGUUCGUUUUUUCUUGUGGUUUUGUUUUCUCCUCCCCCCGCCCCGACUCGGAAGGCGUCCUGUGACCCUCUAGGACCUCAGGAGCUGUAACCGCCCUUGUGUGUGGUCGAGGCUUUUGAAAACAAACUCCGGCUUCUCCAACCUAGAAACUGCAUACUUCCUACAAAUACUGAGCUUUUUGAGAGCCUGGUACUUUUCACGAAGUCACCUUAUUAAUUAUCACCGAAAAGCACCUGUAAGAUGGGAGCGGUUAUACUCCAUUUACAGGAAAGGAACCAAGGCUCAGAGAAGAAAUUUGCUCCGUUCACCGUGUGCUCCUCCUCAGCCAUCCUGGCCGUGCUCAGUCAUCUGACCAGCUGACCUCCGAGUUCCCCCACUCCGUGGGGAACUCCUCCACCUCUUGGCUUCCAAUGCUAUUGCUGCAUGCUGAAGACUCCCGCAUUGGUAACUCCAGUCUGACCGUGGGACGUGAAUGUUAUUGAACUUUAGACUUGUAUAUCGAACUGAUUACUCAAUAGCUGCAUUUGCAUGUGUAAUGGACAUCCCAAACUUAACAUACCCCAAAAUGAAUUCCUGAUAUCUACCUAACCUGUUCUUGCAACAGUCUUCUUCCCAGGGAUGGUUGAAGAUCCCAUCAUCUUUCCAGUUGCUCAGGCCAAAAACCUUGAUGUCAUUGUUGUCGCUUCUUUUUUUCAUCCAAAACUCACCUGUGAUUUAUCGGCAAAUUCUGUUGGCUUCAUCUUUAAAAAUAUAUUCAUUAUCGAGCCACUUUCAACACUUCCACUGCUAUAACCACCAAGCCACCUUCAUCUACCUUCUGGAUUAUUAUACUGGCUUCCUGACUGGUUGCCCUACAGUCUAUUCACAGCCCCAGAGUAAUCCUCUUAAACCUAAGUCAGAUCGUGUCAUUCAUUUGUUCAAAACCUUCAAAGACUUCCCAACUUAUUACAGCAAAGUCAGGGGCCUUGCAGUGGCACACGAUGCCUGUCAUGAUCUGUCUCUUUAGUUCUUUAUUGUGUCUGCAGUGCUAAUAACAGUGCUCAGCAGGGAACAGGCGCUCAGUAAAUAUUUGUUGAAUGAAUGAAUUUAUAAGAUGCCUUAUUGUUUACAAAGUGCUUUUACAUCUUGUCUUCUGGUUACUCAUCUUCACCAUAGUAUCAUGAAGCACAGAUGAUCAUAUCUGUCUUGCAAAUCAGUAAACUGAGGCAAGAGAGGCUGACCUGCCUGAAGUAAUACAGUGGGUUGUUGGUGGAGGCUAAACUAAGUCACAGGUUCAUUCUCUUAAGCUGAGGCUUUCUGCUCUGUAGGGAGCUGUCUCUGCAUAUGGCAAAGCACAAAGCUGAAUGAGGUCUGGACAAAGAAGCUCCACUCACAAUCUAGAGAGUAUCUGGACUAUUGCAGUGAUUAAAUGAGAUAAUGUAAGGCACUUAGCACAAUGUAUAACACAGAAGAAAUGACAGUCAUUGCUGUUACUUUUAUUAUUAAAUUAUUAUAAGUUGGUUGAUGCUGGUGGUUGGAGAGUUUGGGGGUAAAGAGCAAUGGCCAGAUAUGUAGAAAUGGUUUAGGAAAAGUGUCAGGAGCAAACGUGACCUGUUGGGAGUGUCUGCUCUAUGUACACUAAAAUAAAAAGAUAAUUUUAAAAAACCAUUUUGUUAGUAAGGUAGUUACUAAUUAAAACUAACUCUUUUCAUGUCUACAUAAAGGUGGAUUAUCCCUUUUUCCUAUACCUGAAAACAACUGGGCCAGCCAUAGAAGGCCCAGAGGUAUGUCGACUAAAGCAUCGGGUAAACAAGGAUGGAUUUUUUAAAAAGAGAGAAAUAAAAGUCAGGAAAUAAAGGGGUGUGUGUCUCUAAGUGUGGACAGAGUCCUAGGCAGUAAGGAUGGAGAGGAGGGAGAGCCGGAGAAAGAUAUGAGGGAGAGGAGGGUAAAGGAGAAUGGGAAAAAGACAAGGAGAGAAAGCAGGUAGGGUUUUAUGCCUUCAGCUUAGCUAUUAAUAUAAUAAUAGUUAACACUUACUGAGUGCUUAUUGUGUGCCACACACUGUUUGCAGCAUUUGAGGAUCUCACAUGAGAUCCCUGAGGCAUGAUUGUUCCUGAGAGUUUGCUCCACCUUCUCUGGUUUUGGUCCCUGCACUUUGUGGUGUGACUCCGGUGCCUCCUUGUGAACCACAUGCCCAUCCCACUGAUGUUGACUUGACCACUGAUUUGAAUUGGCCGACUGCAUGUGACUGGAUGCAAGGGGUACACCACAUCCCAGAAGAAGCUUCGAGUCAUUGUGUUUCUGCCAGGACUCUGCUCUUUCCCUCUGCCUUGAGAAUAGCAUGUCCCAAGUAGGGGCUGUCCCUUUAGUCUAGGACCCAGGAUGAUAAGACACAUGGAGCAGAGCCACAGAAGCUCACAUGUAGCUACAACAGUUCCACGUAACGUUAGAGAAACAAAUGCUCUUGUAACACUGAGAUUCUUGGUGUUGUUAUUGCAUUAAAGUUGACUAAUGUACCUCUACCAACCUUAAGAGAUAGGAAUUGUUAUUAUCCUGUGAUAUUGUGAAAUAAAUAGUUGGUCUUCUACCCA